CUCAUGAGCAGAAAAGUAGGCCGUGCGCCGACGAUUUACCAUCGCGUAACAUUGAACGUCUGAGCGUCGAGCAGCGCGGUUAUAGCGAAAGAUUCGCGCGCCAUAUCUUUUGAUUUUUCAUAAGCUUCUGACAUAGUAUUUGCUCUUGUUUUUCCGUUCAUAGUGUACAAACGGGUAGGACUUCACAUUUCGGACGGUAAAUCCGAAAUUAACGUGAGUUUUUUUCGGAAUUUUCGCAUAUUUUUGGCCGAUAUUAUGGUACUGGCUGACAGACAGACGACGAUGGAGUCGAUGCCACAAACAGUUCCGUCUGCAGGCUUCACACCUCCAUGCGAUUAUAGUAAUUUUGCAGAAAACUUCGAUCUUUCCCUGUUACCUGGUGGUGACCAACCAUUUUCCGGAUCGAUUCCGUUUUAUUCGACAUACGAGAAAAGCCAGUUGGUGCAGCCGAAAAUUUUCACUACCUUUCAUCCCAGUUCUCCAGGCAGUCAGUCUGUAUCUUCAGAUAGUGAGUUUACACCAGACUUUCAGAGACUCCUGGGAGAUGAUAAAAAGUAUUUAUCACCCCAGUCGCCUAUACAUUUAGAAGUGCCUCAACUGAAUUCACUAGGGCAACAAUCCGGAUCAUUAUCACCAUUUUCUCCAAGCUCUCAAGGGCUCCUAUCACCUAAUGAUCAGUUCAACAGUUAUCGAGACCAGACUUUUUAUCCCAGUUCACCUGAAUACUCUUUAUAUACGGCCAGUCCCAGUUCAGUAUACUCGAAAUCACCUGGAGAUGAGUACUUUCAAAGCAGCUAUAUUAAGAAAGAAGUUGUAAGCAAUUCGGCAUCACCAUUGCCAAAUUUAUCACCUUUUGGCAUAAAAGAGGAAAAUUUUGGAUCAGGUUUCUUGAUUUCCUCACCAGUGUCACCAGCUUCACCUGAGCAUUUAAAUCUUUUUGAUUCGCAAAAGCAAAUAAAGCAAGAGAGUACAGUAGAUUUUAGUGAUCUAUUAGGGGGCUUUCAAGAAAGUGAGACCUUAAAAAGUCUUUUAAAUCAAAAACCAGUGGAUGUACUGCCGCAAACAGUACCAGAGAUGCCAAAGGACCAUCAGCUAUUAAGACAGUUUUUAAGAGAUACGAGUUUUCAGAAAAAAUAUAAUGUUCAUAUGAUUGAUUUUAAUUUGCUUAAUGGUGAUAUUAAAAUGGAGGAACCAGCAUUAAAUAAAGAUAACGACUUAAUGUUGGGCUGUGAAGAACAAAUUUCGAGGGAGUCUAUUGAACCUGUUCUCAAUAUGGCUAUUGAGCAAAUGAGAAAAGAUGUCGAUAAUACUUGUGCAGUACUAGGAAUUACACCUGACCCCACAAAGUGGAGUUCAUCAGAUGUGGUCUCCUGGAUUAGAUGGACAUCUCAGCAGUUUAGCUGUCCAGAACCGGUAGCUGAAAAUUGGGAUAUGACCGGAGCUGAACUGGCUACUUUGACUGAGAAAGAUUUUAUUAGCAGAUCACCUCAGGGUGGGAUGAUUCUACAUGCUCAAUUAGACUUAUGGAAGGCUGCCUAUUCAGAAGAAGAUAUUAAGGGUUGGCUACCAGAAGUAGUAUCCAGUAAUGCCUCAAGUGGUGAUAUGUCAGACGAUGAAGAUGAUGAGACGCAUCCUCAACAAGAUCUGACAAAACCCACGACAUCCAGAACAGGAUCCCACAUCCACCUCUGGCAAUUCCUUAAGGAAUUGCUUGCAAAUCAACAAACUCAUGGUUCCUGUAUCAGAUGGUUGGACAGGACGAAGGGUAUUUUUAAAAUUGAAGAUUCUGUUAAAGUGGCAAGACUUUGGGGCAAAAGGAAAAACCGCCCUGCAAUGAACUACGAUAAACUCAGCAGGUCAAUCAGGCAGUACUAUAAAAAGGGCAUAAUGAAGAAGACUGAACGGUCCCAGAGGCUAGUUUAUCAAUUUUGCCACCCUUAUAAUUUGUAAUAAUUCUUAUCAGAUGAGUUAAUAGUCUAGAAACCCAUCAAUCAUUGUAGGUCUGUGAUCUCAUUAUUUGCCCUUUUGACAGUGCAUAUUGCUCGGUUAGACUAUUGACUAAAUUGUAGUAUAUUAUAAGCAUUGGGGAAGUAGAGGUUAAGGUUAAAUUAUGGUGAAGGUUAUACAUGAUAUUAUAUAGGCACUUUGAAGUUAUCAAAGUGCUCAUAAUGGUGUUGCGGGGUAUUACCGCUCACCAGAUAUUCUUAGGCAUACUUUUCGGAAGGUAAUUUCCAAAUGUUUUUGUAUUUUAAUUAUUUACCAGGGAGUAAAGGACCUGAGAAAGACUAUUUAUUCUAGAAAGUAUUUUUUUUUUAAGUUUUUAACUUAGGUGCUCAAGUUUAUACUUUUGAAGCUCAAGUGACUUAAGAAAAAAUUAUACUUUUUGAUGGAUAUUCAGUCAUUUUUAUGGUACUUUGAAAACUGGUGAUCUUGGUCCCAUAUAUCUAUGAUAUAUUAAUGUAAUGUAAGUUCUAUGAACGACGACGAAUUUUUAAUUUUAAUAAGUAAUAGACUUUAAGAAUUAUUUACGUAUGGCGUAAAAUUAUGCGUUAUAUAUUUGUGUCUCUCUAAUACUAGUUUUUAGUAAAAGUUUUAAUACUCUACUUAUGAACAAUUUAUUAUAGGAUUGUAUGAAGUUUAAUACUCGUUCUAAAUAUGCAAUAUUAGUUAUUUAUUU